GACAAUCAAUUAAGCUUAAUAUUAAAUUCCAAAGUUAAACAAAAACUCAUAUUCUAAAAAACAACAAAUUAAAAUGGUACGACUCGUGUCAUAUUGGAUUCUUGUUCUUCCCUUUCUCGCUAUCUUUUUCUCCGGAUCAACGAUGGCGGAUCAGAACAAGCAGUGCACAAAAUUAUUCGGAAACUUCAUGCCGUGCAUGCGCUUUUUGAGUAGUAAAAAUCUUGGGGAAUCUCCAACAUUAGAAUGUUGUCAAGGAAUAAGAAAACUGAAUGAAAUAGCUCAAAAAAGUAGAAAAGGUCCAAAGAAAAUAUGUCAAUGCCUUGAAGAUAUGGCUUAUUCUUUGAACAUAAGAUUUGUUUACUCUCAAGUUGCUGCUCUUCCAAAAAAUUGUAAUGUCCACUUGAAUUUCCCAAUUUCUAAUAGCAUGGAUUGCUCCAAGUUGAAUGGUUAAUUUACAAAUUAAAUUAAUAUAAGGUGUUUUUAUAUCCAUCUUUUUCAUGAGUUGGAAUUCAUAUUUUCUCAGUUUAUUUAUAUGUAUGAAAUUGACAAGAAUAAUUGUAAGACUUUUACACAAGUUGUUUUAAUAAAUUUUAAUAAAAGAAAAAUAAAAUCAUAUUAGUUAA